CGUCGCAGCCAAGAGCUUCUACCAUUGCUAGAAGCUCUCCAGUGCAACAGCCAAAUUCAGACAACGAAGUAGGCAAUGCAGCUGGACAGCUAAAAAGAUCAAAUAGCCUCAGAAAGAAAUAUGGUUCUGGAGAACUUAUGUUGAAAAAAAGUUUAUGGGCAUCUAGAAGUAAAGUUGUUGAUAUUGGUGAAGAGGAGAACACAGAAAUGAAGGCAAAUAAUGAUACUAAUAAGAAUGAUGAUAGAAUGGUUGCCGCAGAAAUUGAAGCUCAAGCCGGUGGCAACGAGGACUCGCCCAACAAGAUAAGUACCAGCUGUGACAAUGAAGAUAUGGUCUCAGGGUUUCUCUAUGAUAGACUUCAGAAGGAGGUCCUAAAUCUAAGGAGGCAUUGCGAAGCCAAAGAGAGUGAUAUGAAUGCUAAAGAUCAAGAAAUAAAGAUGCUGAUGAAAAAGGUUGAUGCACUGUCAAAAGCCAUGGAAGUAGAGUCUGAGAUAAUGAAGAGAGAAGCAGCGGCUAGAGAUAAGAAGCUGCAGCGGCCAAAAUGGAUGAUAACAAAAAGAAAAAGAAAUAUAAACUCCUCUAAACGGUGGGUGACAAAUUUUGAAGAGCCUCAAUUCCAUUUUUUGUUUCUUUUUUCAGAUUUCAUUCUAGCAUUAUGA